AUGUCAGAUCACUAUGAUACCUUUCCAGUUCUCAGAUUGCUGAGUGGCUGGGGAGUGGUCAGUGGCCCUGGACUCUUUAUGGUCCGAAGUCUAGUAUCCGGCGUCUCAACAGCAACCGUCGUCGGCGUAGCAAGCGGAAUGGCAGGCAGCAUGAUCUAUGGCACAGCCGGAAUCCCCUUCAUUCUCGGCUCAUCAAUUGGCUUCGCAAUCGGUAGCUACCGAUGGUACAGAGUCGCUACUCACGAAGCCCUACUUCAACUAGAGCGCUACCCCGCACUGUUGCGACUGCAUAUCUGCUCCAACUUUCCCUGGAUACCAGACUUGCGGGACAAAGGUCAUGACUGGUACACUACUGACACGUUCCGUCGUUCUUGGGUCACGAGGAGUAUGUUGGUUGUUGGAUGGCUUUCUGCUGAAACGUCGUUGAGGGAAAUUAGGGAACGGAGAGAGGCGAGGCUUGUGGAGGAGUAUGUUGCUCGCGACGAUUCUGAGGAUAAAGAAGAACGUUGA